AUGGUCACGGGGCGUCCUGGCAAAGAAUGGCCACAUCUAUGGCUGAAGAUCUCUACUGGCGAUCUGUGCGAGAUCGGCACUGUGCCUGAGGGAAGAUGGAAGUGGCACGGGGCUGCGCUUGCUGAGGACGGCAUCAUCUACUGCAUCCCAGCUAACGCCGACCGUGUCCUUCGCAUCGACCCAGAGUCAGACCAUGUGGAGGAGAUCGGUCCGCGGCUGCCCGGCCGCUGGAAGUGGUACGGGGGCAUUCGGGGGAGAGAUGGCGCCAUCUAUGGAAUCCCCUACUCGGCAGACUCCGUCCUGAAGAUUCAGCCAGAGACAGGCGAGGUCUCCACACUGGGCAGCCUGCAGGGCCGCUGGAAGUGGCACGGCGGCGCCCUGGGCGUGGACGGCGCCAUCUAUGGCAUCCCUGCGCAUGCGGAACGGGUGCUGAAGAUUGUGCCGGAGACCGGAGAGGUGACACUGAUAGGAGACCCCAUCCCUGGCAAGUACAAGUGGCUGGGUGCAGUGCUUGGGCAAGACGGAUGUUUGUAUGGUAUCCCAUACAAUGCACAGAAAAUUCUGAAGAUCCCACCUGGAGGUGAAGAGGUGACGUUGGUCGACAUCCCUUUGAAAGGAGCGAAUAUGUGGCAGGGUGGCGUUCUUGGCCACGAUGGAGCCAUCUAUUUCAUUCCACGCCGAGCAGAGAGGGUGCUGCGCUUGGCUGACGAUGGGACAGUGUCCGUGGUGAGCGGGGAUGCUAUGUUCAUCCACCGGGUGGGUCUUGCCCUCUUGAAAGAGGCACGGCCCUCACUGCUGGGCCAAAGCUUCGAUACCACGAUCGACAGGCUGCGCUGCCUCUGCCAGACCCAGCUGUCUCCAGAGGCCUUGGUCGCAUCGGCGCUCCAAUUCAAGGUCACCAACCGCUUCCUCAGCGAGCUGGAGGCCGCCAUCACGAGCCCAGCCGGGCUGCCCUGCUGCUUCCUGGAGCGAGACUUGGAUCGUGGCAAGACUUGUUGCCGGUUCCUUCUCAACCCAGACGACGGCACUAACAAAGCUCCCGACGUGUUUGGCAGCACGUUUCUGGAGGGCUCGCUGCCGGCCCCGCGGGUGCCCGCGGAUCCCCUGGCGGCCUCGAGGCUGCCGGAGCCCAAGGCCAAGAGCAAGGCCCUGGGCACCACCUCGCAGCUAAAGUCCUUGGCGCGGAAGAGCCAGAAGGUCCUCAGCAGAGCCUCCCUAGGCAUCCGGACAGGCCGGAGCACAGGCUCCAAGGCUGAUGCUGAUGCGGACUUGUCCAUGCCCCUGCCGGAUCCAGUACUCCAGGAGAAGCCGUGGCCUGCGCGCUCUGCGUCUGUGCCGCUCUCCCGCGGGAGCAGAGGUGAGAAAGGGGCCUGGGAUGAGGAACUGGAUGCCAUCUCUUCGUCGGCGCAAAGCUUCGCCGGACAGGAAGUGAACCUGUUGCUGGGCUUCUUGUCCUCCUAUGUGCUGAGAGGCCUCACCAGCACUGCAGAGGCCUGGCUGCGUCGUAGCUGUCACCUCUGCGUUUGCGGCCGCGGCGGAGGUGAGGGAGCUGUCCUCGCCAGCGAGCGCGGGCUCACUUGGCGCGAGGCGAGGCUGCGGCUGGAUACCGCAGACGAGCUGCAGCUGUUGUCCCUGGCUGGCAUGAGGCUGCUGGGUUGGCACUGGCUACAGCCUGUCGCGUACGCUUCUUUGCUAUACAGCUGGAGCAAUGAUGCAUUCACCGGAGGGCUGCAGGAGCUGCUGGCAGCUGCUGUUCUUUUGAGAGAGGUUCUGUACUUUGGCUGCACUUUGCUGGCAUUGGUGCAUUGUCCUGCUUUUUUGCUGUGGGAUAUUGCCGCUACCUGGCGAAGUGGCGCACGUGGGGAGGCAUUCGCAAGCGUCAUGAUGCCCGAGAAGUUCCUAGGCUGGUAUAUGCAGGGAUCAUCACCGACACAGUCAGCUAUCAGGCGCUUCAACAUGUACUGCAGCCUUGUUCUGCUGCUGGACAUUUGCGGCCUCUUCGCGCUGUGGGCUGGCCUUGCAGGCUGGACAGCAACGCCACCCGUGCCGCUGUUGAUAUGCUACUCCGUGACUGCCUUGAGCGAGCGUGGCAUGUUUGCUGCAGCGGCAGCCUGCUUGCAGUGCCCUUAUGGGCAGCUGUAA